AUGUGCUUUCGAGGACCAACGAUCAGAAGGUGGUGGAUCGCCUCAGCGGUAAGACGCUGUCUGAUCCUGAAGCAAGCGACCUUGACCGAUGUUCCCAAUGAGCUUAUGUUCCGGUAUCUUACCAACGUCGUGUGCAAUCAGGUCGUGUCCCAGACUUCGUUUCUGCAAACGGCCGUUUCGUUCACUGAAUUUCACAAGACCUCCUGUCUCAAAUCGCUGCUCAACGUUGUAUAUACCCUUCGGUCCCGUAUCAAGUACGCAUUCAAAUUUCGUUGCUGGUGUAAAGUAGCAUAUAGUAUGCAGAUUUUUCUUGAAUGAGU